CCCUCGUGUUUGAAGCAGUCAGCUGAGCCCAACUUGUGCGGACGCGGCUCUAACCUCGUACAACAUGCAGGAUCACAACGCAAACAUUUAACCCUGUGCACUUUUUUGUCAUUCCAACGUGUACAGAAAACAAUCUAGUCAAACACCGUUUCUUUUAAUUCCAUUUUGCCGUUCUUUCCCCGUGAAGAAUACCGAUUUGGAGGCUGUUGCACAGAGGUUUGGAGGUGCAUGUGACAGCUCACACCAUUUGUGGGGACUCUUGAGUAUGGCUUUAGCUGGAUGCCCAGACUACUUCCCCCAUCAUCCAAACUACCAGGGCAAUGUUGACCGCACCCCCUCUCGCAGGCCAUCAAAUCUCAUCGGUUCAAGCUUCCAGCAGUCGUCCAAUCGGAAUUCUCUCAAUCACCCAGAGGAUGAUGUAGAUCUGGAGGCUCUGGUGAAUGACAUGGCCUCUCUUUCUUCCUAUGAGAGCAUCUAUGCAACCUGUGGCACCCAGCAUGCGGACUCAGCCCCCCUCUUGCACAGCACUGAUGGCAGUGGACUCCAUGGCAACAGAGUGGCCCCACUGCCACGGGCCCCUAUUAAUAAAGUGACCGCCCCCCACACUCCUGCCCACAAGCUCCGGCGAUCACAGCCAAUGCACAUACAUGCCGUCAGGCGACUUCAGGAAGAAGAGUUGCAAGUUCGUCCAGCGUCUUUGCCAGCAAUUCCGAACCCGUUCCCUGAGCUCUGCAGCCCCUCGGGAUCUCCUGUGCUGAGCCCUGGAUCCCUGCCACAGCCAUCGGAGCCACAUAGAUGCUCCCAUAUGACCUAUAGAGGCGGGAUGGAGCGGUGCAGAGCAAGCAUUUGUGACGAUGCGUUUGAACAACAUUGGAUCAUCAAGGUUUUCAGCGAGGAUGGCGUGGGAAGAGUUGUGGAAGUCCCGGCCGACAUGACGGCCAGAGAUGUGUGUCAGUUCCUGGUCUACAAGAACCACUGCCUGGAUGACAACUGCUGGUCUCUAGUGGAGCAUCAUUCCCUGCUUGGUCUGGAAAGGUGCCUAGAAGAUCAUGAACUGGUUGUUCCUGUGCAGGCCUGCAUGUCUCCAGAGAGCAAGUUUCUCUUCAGGAAGAACUAUGCCAAGUACGAGUUCUUCAGAAACCCACUGAACUUCUUUCCGGAGCAGAUGGUAGCGUGGUGUCAGGAAACGAAUGGCUCUAUCCCACCGUCACAGCUCUUACAGAAUUUCUUGAAUUCCAGCAGCUGUCCAGAGAUCCAGGGCUUCCUUUAUAUGAAAGACACGGGCCGCAAGUCCUGGAAAAAGCUAUAUAUGUUCUUGCGCCGUUCUGGAUUGUACUGCUCUACUAAAGGAAUGUCAAAGGAGCCAAGGCACCUGCAAUUACUGUCGGACUUAGAGGACAGCAAUAUUUUCACUGUGACGACGGGCAGAAAGAUGCACAACGCGCCCACAGACUACCAAUUCUGUAUUAAGCCGAGUAAGGGCAGGACAGAACUGAAGGAGCUGAAGAUGCUGUGUGCCGAGGACGAGCAGAGCCGAACGUGCUGGAUGACUGCUUUCAGACUACUCAAGUUUGGAAUUCUCCUAUAUCAGAACUACAAGAGCCCACUCCAGAGAAAGACUGCCAUAUCAAACUUCACCACACCUGUGCGGAGUGUGUCUGAGAAUUCACUGGUGGCCAUGGAUUUCUCAGGAAGGACGGGUCGUGUGAUUGACAACCCUGUGGAGGCUCAGAGCGCUGCCAUGGAGGAGGGACACACUUGGAGAAAACGGAGUCAGAGAAUGAAUGUUUUGGGAAGCCCCAGUCCCCUACAUCCCUCGCCGUUAAGCUCAGUGAUCCAUAGGACACAGUUAUGGUUCCAUGGCCGCAUUAUGAGAGAGGAGUCCCACAGGAUGAUUAUGCAGCAGGGCCAAGUUGAUGGGUUAUUCCUGUUGAGAGACAGCCAGAGCAACCCGAAAGCAUUUGUUCUCACGUUGUGCCAUCAUCAGAAGAUUAAACACUUCCAGAUUUUACCUUUUGAGGAGGACGGCCAGGUCUUUUUUAGCCUUGAUGAUGGCUCUACCAAGUUCACAGACCUGAUCCAUCUGGUAGAGUUCUACCAGCUCAACAGGGGCGUCCUGCCCUGCAAACUCAAACAUCCCUGCACCAUGGUGGCCUUAUGACCCCUCCAGAUCCUAACGAACAACAUGCAUAAAUAAAAGUAACUGAGAAACUGGAGUUUAAAAAAUAAUAAUAAUAUCCAGUGAUUUUCACAAUAAGCUGACGCAACCAACGGGCAUGACCCACUGCUAUGGGAUUAGCAUGGAAACGUUUGGGAAUAAUAAUGGGAGAAGAUCAUCUUCCCGGACACCCUGUCCUUUGGAUUUGACAAGGUUGCCUGAGUUUUUUUUUUUUUUUUUUUAAACAGUCUCUGUGGUGAUAUUCAUGAACUUGAUCAUUCAGGACGUGACACUAGACAAACUAAAUGGAUCGGGACGGUCAUUUCAUGUGGUUUGUCUGCGAGGACUUGCUUUGCUAAAAGUUACUUGAUGACGAUUGAUUUGUAUUAUGUUAUUUCCUACCUGAACAUUUUGCACUCUCAAGCUGAAAGCAGGUGAUCCGCUUCAUCCUGAGCUUACCGCAACAACUGUUACCCAUUUGCCUUCCUCCUACAUUUCAUGUUUCAUUUUUCUCCUCUUCUAAACUCUUCCUGGGGAUUCCCUGUGUAAUGAUGGGAUUAGUGCAGUGCUGAUGAUAGUAAUGACCAUGUGAGGUGACACAUCCUCAGCUAAAUAAUGUAACCCGGCCUUUCAUACAUCUCCAUGUCAGGGAGGAGGGACUAGCCGCAAGGGGUAGCAGACUUGCACUUCAAUAAAUUAUACUUGAUUGCUGUGCAUUACCAGCAUAAGAAUUAGUUACGCUUGGAGUUCUAAUCAAGCUUUGCCUUAAAGGAAUGUUCUGGGUUAAAUAUAAGUAAGACUCCAUCGAUGAGCUUCAUCUGUCACACAUUGUUGAUUACAACAGAAAAUGUGUUUUGAAAAACAAAAAGUGUGUCGACAGUCACCUUCUUAUAAUGGAGCUCCAUUUUUCUCAUUGAACUUGCUUUAUUAGUGGAAUUCAAUCACCAUAUUUGUUUCCAAACUGUCAGACAAGUAUUUCUGUCAUAAAUGACAUUAUGCCAUAGAGUUGCACUGUAGUUUAAAGGGACAGUUUGCUCACAAAUUAAAUGUCAUCAUUUGUCAGAAAUGGUCGUCCUGACCAUAGUUCCAAAUGUGUAUGACACAAAAUAAGAUAUUUGGAAGAUUUUUUAUUUUUUUUGUCCUGACAGUGAAAAUCAGUGUGGUCCAAAACAGCAUUUGGACGCUGCUGAUUACUGAAUGACUACAGAGUCAUACAGAUAACAAUUUUUAUUUUUGAGUAAACUGUCCCUUUAAAUCUGAAUGAACAGAACGUAUAAAUCAGAGUUUAUGGCUCAAGGGUUAAUAAUUAACCACAAUCUUUUGAGAAUUAUCCAUAUCAUUUGAAUCCAAAUCACUUGUUCUGUUUAGGAAGACAAUGGUUUGUUUUAGUCCACUGAAUUUGCAUUUUUUUCCUUUCAGGAGGCACGUAUUUCGCUCCCGGUGUUGAAAUGCCAUAUUGAUUGUGUGUAGUUUAUAUUCGGAACCAUCAGAAACUUGACUUGGGCCUUAAAAGGCCCCUAAAACUUGACCCAGGCCUCUUUGUUAUGGUGUACCCCACCUUGAGCACAAUUCAGGAGGGUUGUUAUUUGUUUCUUACACUGACUCCAGGUCGUGUUUCUUUGCGAACGUACCUAGCUUUUAGUAUAGCCCGAAGCUUAAUAACUGCCUUUUCAAAUCACUGUGCUGUUCUUGAGCCAUGUUAAACCCCUAAAAGUGACAGGCCAGGCCCGGACUGAGCACCUGUGGGGACGCACGCGUACACGCUUAAGGAAUAUGGAUAGCCAAAAACACAUCAACAAGAGGUUAAAUAAAUUUGUUUUAACCUGUUUGUGUAAAAAUGAACGUGUUUUUGACCCUUUUGGCCUUCAAUAGAGAAGUUUGCGGAGUCACGUCUCACAGGCAUGUCUGUAAUCCUCCGGGGGCUGCAUGACAUAAUGCGGUGAGGAGAUUAUCUCCCAUGCCAGCUUUGUAAAAGGAGGUUAGCGGCAAAAGGCUGGUGUACGGUUACCUGCGGCGCUACUUCAGCAGUGUCCUGUCUGUCCCGUACGUCCGCCUUGUUACCCUUCCAACACUGGCCCAGCAAGACUAAGCUAUGGUUUUAUAUGCUAACUCUGACAGCUGACUGUUAUACUGCUGAGCUAGAACCACACGCGCCUAGGACGAGAGUGUGUACGAUGCACACUGCGAUUUUUUUUUUAAACACUUUAUGAUACCACACAAGCACCUGUUUUUAUUUUCACUUACGAUUAACGCUGAUUUAACUUUCGUGAACGCUUUAAGAACGUCUUUUCAUCUCAGAUGUUAGCUACAACUCUGAUCCGCCUUAUCUUACGUUAUCGCUUCCUUGCCGCUUCAUACGUAAAUCGAUUUUGUAAAUUAUUACGAAAAGUACAAGCUUUACGCAUUCAGUGUCAGGGGUUGCAGGGGUUUUCAUCACAAGUUAUAUUAAGUAAUUUAGUCACCGUUCCAGCCUGCAUGAGUUAGACAAGAACGUCUGAAAACGAAGUAUAUUCAAACUGGAAUACAUAAGUGUGAACGCUGAUUAGUUGCAUCCAACUCUGGCUCAAAGUGUUUGGAUGAUGCUUCUUUUCAUCAGACUUGUGCUGUUGUGUGGCUCACAAUGCUGAAAUGCCAAACAUGCAUGUGAAAUCGACUUCCCCAGCCUUGAUUAUGCCGUUUGGGUAAAAAAAAAUUUCUUAACACAGAUGACUGGAGAUUAUUUCACAUGUGUGUUUAGCUAAUAUGCAUCUUAGUCUAUUAAAAACAUGGUAACAGUCAUGCUACUCUAAGUAUGUGAAGCCAAAAUGUUGGGUUAAAUAUGGACAAACCCAGCGAUUGGGUUGUUUUCAACCAGCAGUUGGGUUACAUUUUUUAACCCUACCUUCUGGGCAGUCACCCAACCGCUGGGUCAAAAACAACCCAAUCCCAAUGUCCAUAUUUCCCCCAAUGCUGGGUUGUAUUUAACCCCUGUAAGGAGAGGUAGUAGAUCUAACACUGUAAAAAAACGCCAUCUAUGACUAUAUAAAUGUGGUGCGCUCCAAAACAGAAUGAAGAUGUUGUGCAUAAAGUGCAAAUAUGCAUAUUCCCUCUCGACUUGUACCAGUGUGAAAUAUUUUUAGCUCAUAUUGUGUUUUCAUUUUUAUGUCACAAAUGUCUUUUUAUAAAGAGUAUAUAUUACAGUAUUAAAUUAAAAA